AUGUCUGCUUUGGAUUUGUGGCGUUCUCAGACAAUGAGGCUUGUUGCAUUCACAGUCUCACGCGAGAUAGCCCCGUCCGUUGUUGAGGAGAUGAUGGCUCUGGGAUGUAUGCACUUUGUUGAUGCAUGCUCGGACGUUUCUUUUUUUGAUAGAGCCUAUACAGCUAACAUUAUGCAGCUGGCCACAACUGAGUCUAAACUCGACUACAUCCGUGAUCAAUUCAUCGCUCUUGAGAUUCCCCUUCCAGAACAAGAAGACAGGGUAGAGCUCAUGCCGCUUGGAAACUUGGAUGCAGAGCUAACAGCAACAAUGAAGACUGUCAAGACUUUGUUGGAUGAGUACCAGCAGCACUUAGCGGACCUCUCUGCAAAUCUGACCUAUAGCCAGGUCCUCGACAUCGUCCGCAGAGAGUCUGCGUCUUCUGCGCAGAAUAAGAUGCUCAGAGACGUUUUAAGCGAAAAUACUCAUCUCAUUGGUUCUUCACCGGAUGACGAAGCCCAGGAGACAGACACAAGUGCUAACCUCUACUUUCUCGCAUGCACUGUACCAGACAGUGUCACGCCCAUGCUCCAGCGCCUUGCAACGCGAGCUACUCUUUCCAAUUGCAUGAUAGAAGUGGUGGGAAAGAUAUCUACGCCAGAUCUGGCGGCUCUUAUUGGGGCCGAUCAAUCACCAUCCAAGCCAGCAUCCCCGAAGAAGGCAAAGCAUAAGGCUGCAAAGGAUCAGCAGGAGUAUGACGUCGUGUUUGUGUAUACGCCCGGCGUACAGCUGCAAAGCAAGGUGGGGUCUAUCGUCACGUCUCUUUCUGGUACAAUUCACAUCUCUCAGGGUGUUCAAGGAGGGGGUGCGGUAGACAGUGUGCAGAGCCUCGAUAGUGACGUUUCGAGAGUUCAGCAAUCUAUCGAAGAUCAUCGGACACUUCUACGCCUUUCAAAGCAGCGCAUCACGACUAUCUUAAACCAACUGGGUGCACAGCUCGAGGCCUACUACCGCCUAAUACUGAAAGAGAAGGAGGUCAUGGGUGUGCUGAACAAGCUGAGACCCUCCCUCGCCGAUGCAAAAAUAUUAACAGGGAUUGCUUGGAUUCCUGAGCAAACCUUCUCGGACGUUACGCAAAUUGUCGAGGCCUGCAAUGAGCGCUAUAAGGGCAUGCUUCCCAGCUUUAUAAAAGAUCUGAAUGCACUGAGUAAGACCAGGAAGAACGGGACAUCCGUACUCAUUAACACGGACGAUCUUAGGCCAGCCACAGUAGAUGCAUUGCAUCAUUCACCAAAGGAGCAUCUGAGACAGCCACCGACAUAUUUUAAGACAGGAAAGUUCACAAAGGUGUUUCAGAACAUUAUUGAAUCUUAUGGCAUCCCCUCAUACAAGGAGAUCAACCCUGCCUUCUUCUACCUUUACCAGUUCCCCUUCACCUUUGCAGUGAUGUAUGGCGACAUCGGGCAUGGCAUAAUCUUAACUAUUGUCUCUGCCCUCAUGGUUGGCUAUGAGAGGAGGUUGGGCAAGGUAAAAAAUGAUAUGGUCAGUCUGAUCUUUGCAGGCAGGUAUAUUAUUCUGCUCAUGAGCAUCUUCAGCAUCUUCACCGGCCUCAUCUACAAUGACAUGUUUGCCCUGGCCUAUGAUUUUUUCCACAGCAGAUACACCUUUAACCGAUCUUCUACAACCCCAAAUCUCUUCGAGAGUACGUAUGAUACCACCAAGUAUUCAUCUCCGGUCUAUGCCUUUGGGAUAGACCCGGCCUGGAGAUGGAGUGACAACUCCAUGAUGUUUAUCAACUCCUACAAAAUGAAGAUGGCUGUUAUAAUCGGUAUUCUUCAAAUGAUCUUUGGUAUAGUUCUAAAGCUGCUUAACGUUAUCUAUUCACGAGACAUUGUCGGGCUCCUCACUUGCUGGAUCCCCGAAUUUCUCUUUAUGACGUGCUUCUUUGGUUACAUGGUCUUUUGUAUUAUCUACAAGUGGCUUAAUGAGUGGCCAGAGGGAAGCAAUCCUCCUGCCCUGACAAGCCUACUCAUCCAAAUGUUUUUAAGUCCAGGGAGCAUAAGUCCGGAGAGCUACUUAUUCAACAAUAUUCCCCUUCAGACCAAUCUUCAGCUGGCUCUUUUCGCUAUUUGCAUAAUUUCUGUCUUGUGGCUAGCCGUGGCCAAGCCGGUAUAUGAGGUUGUUCAAUUGAAGAAGGCAGCCAAGAAGGGGCUUGCUCAUGGAGUUCCCAUUUUCUCUGGUCAGGCAGCAUCGCAUGAAGCGGCUCCAAUCACAUCUGAGGCAGAUUUGGCCAAGGCAGAUACAGAUGAUGCUCAGACAGAUAAGACGAACUUACUCGUGAGUGACGGUAAAGAUGCACAAGGUCGUGGCAGCUCACGAAAGGCGGACCAAGAUGACGAUGACGAAGCCCAUGGAGUGGGUGACAUAGUCGUUCACCAAGUGAUACACACAAUCGAGUAUGUUCUGGGAGCCAUUUCUCAUACUGCCUCUUACCUACGUCUGUGGGCCUUGUCCCUAGCACACGCACAGCUUUCAGAGGUCUUCUAUGAGCAAUUGUUUACUCUCUCGUACGGUUUUUCUGUUUCCGAGAACAAGUGGCUCAGCGGGGUUGUUCAGGGGGUCUCCUUCUUUGUGACGUACUCUGCUUGGUUCGGAGUCACCAUAGGCGUCAUCAUUCUCAUGGAGGCCUUGUCAGCUUUUCUCCAUGGCCUCCGUCUUGCCUGGAUAGAGUUCAACAGCAAGUUCUAUCAGGCUGAAGGAUACAUAUUCGAACCUCUGGCUCCGGUGGAGUACACUCUUUCUCUAGAGAAGCAGGACGAAUAA